AGCGAACUAUAUAAGAGUCAAAAAGAAUAUUAAGAACAACUCAGUGCGAAUAAGUCAACAUGAAGUUAAUAAUCGUUGUGGCACUUCUUAUUACUUGUGCUUUAGCACAUCCAAGAACACCUUACCGACUAAAAUCUUCCACAACUACUACGACUGAAGAAACUAUAUCUGAAUUAGAAGAUGAUUUAGCAACUGUUGCAGAUGUAGUCACUGAAGAAAUAGCCGAAUUAGAAAAUCACGAAGUAACAGUCACUUUAUCUGAGAAUGAAUGUAAAGAGGUUAACAAUAUAUUUAGCGGGCGCAAUAAACGCGAUGCGUUGGAUAGAAUCAGACUGAAGAACAAGUUCAGAAAAGCGUGUACUUUCGCCGUUAUAGCGGGUUAAAGUGAGAGUUAUGUCUUGUUUAAAUAAACUGACCACACGUGAUAUCAUGUUUACGGUCGAAUUGUAACUUAUGUGUUAAUGGCCGCAGAGGUCUUGUUGAAUAAAUAAAAAAAUUUUAAAGUC